AUGGCCGAUUGGUCUCAACUCCCCAAGGAGCUCCUAGAGGAGAUCGCUAAGCGCCUAGAGAGCCCCUUCUAUCUGCUCCGUUUCCGAUCCGUUUGCUCCUCAUGGCGAUCUUCAGUCUCUUCCAGACCUCGCCGUUUACCAGGUCGGUUUCCGUUCCUCACAAACCAUGGCAUCUGCGACACCACCUUAGGUUUCCACCUCUCGCAGCGCACCGUAUUCCUCAUGGGGUUGCCUAAUUUCCGCAACCAAACAAACCCAGAUCGCUGGCUGGUCAAGAUCGAAGAAGACGUGCCGGGGAGAAUGCAUUUGCUGAACCCACUCUCCCGGUUUCAACUGAAUCCUCUGCCUGAAUCUUUCCCAAAGGUAUUGGACUUAUCCAAGUUUUGGGUUUUUGAGUUGGGUGGAGAAUAUGUUCUUCACUAUGUGCAUUUUAGGCCUUUUGGUAAUGGUAACUCUUUUGGUGAUGCUGGCAAUUUGUACAUGGAAAAGGUAGUUUUUAUGUGUUUGGGUUCCGAAAGCAAUGAUUUUGUGUUGCUUACCAUUCAUGUGUCUGGGAAAUUAGCUAUGUUUAAGUCUGAGGAUAAGAGGUGGACUAUAAUUCAUGAUAUGCCUUCGCCUUAUGAUGAUGUUAUACUGUUUAAAGGACAAUUUUAUGCCGUUGAUGGCACCGGACGUACUGUGAUCGUCGGUUUGCACUCAAAUCUGAGUGUGGUUGCAAAUCCUGUGUUUGGUGGUGAUAAGAAGUUCUUGGUUGAGUCAAGUGGUGAAUUGUUGGUGGUUGAUAUGUAUUUGAGCAUGGCUCCAGAAACCGAUUUGGAUGUUGAUGAUGAAAUCAUCCAAUUGCAAUUCAAUGGCUGUUUGACUGAAAGAACAGUUAGGUUCAAGGUUUUUAAGUUGGAUAGAGAGGGGAAGAGAUUGUUCGAAAUGAAAAGCUUGGGGGAUAGGGUGUUGUUUUUGGGGGAUGAUUGCACCUUUUCUGCCUCAGCUUCAGAGUUAUCUGGUUGUAAAGGGAAUUGUAUAUUUUUUACAGAUAAUUUCUUCUAUACGAGUGGUGAAGAUGAAGGCGUGUUCAAGGGCCGUGAUAUAGGUGUGUUUGACUUGGAUGAUGGUAGUAUUGCACCUUUAUCUGAUUAUCCAGAGUAUUCAAAGCUGUUUUGGCCACCCCCUGACUGGAUUGCACCAACACAAAGUGCAAGGCGAAAGCACAGUUCACACCCUGCGGCUUUGGCAUCAACAAGUUCAGGUGACCUAGCCAACCUUUGCAAGCAAAUCAAGUGGAUCAAAGUUGCCAUAGACAUGAGGCUCUUUAUGAGCCAAGGAUAUUUUACUACUUUCUGUAAGCACCUAAACCUGGGAGGGGAGUUGUUAAGAGGCAGCCAAUUCCUUGUUAACUGA